UUUGUCUUUAUUUUUGUUGACACAUAGUUGUGCCAAGGGCCUGAGAUACGGGAUCGGGUUGUUCGACACCUGAUUCUCGCAGGACACGAUGUUCACGUUUUAUGUAGUGAAACCGGUUUCGGUUGAAGAUUUCAGGGGGUUUCUUGGCGGUUUUGUUUAUAGCAUUCAUAUGAAGACUAUAUAAACAAGGAUCAUCAUCAUCUCUUAGCAAUAUAUUUGGUGGUGGUGGUUUCAGAUUUGGGUGGAGAUUAUGGGGGAAUAGUAAAGGUAGUAUGUUGUUUUUGGUUGGGAAGGAAGUUCAAGAAGCCUUUUGUUUUGGGGGAAUUAGUGGUUUUUGUGGCUCCUAGUUUUGGGGUUGAGUUGAUUCUGCAGAUAUGAGACUCUCUUCUGUUGGUUUUACUCAGCAAUCGCCUGAAGGGGAGAAAAGAUGUCUGAAUUCUGAAAUUUGGCAUGCAUGUGCUGGCCUUCUUGUUUCACUACUUGCUAUCGGAAGCCGUGUGGUCUAUUUCCCGCAAGGGCACAGUGAGCAGGACCCGCCUUCUAAAAGCUCAAACUUCAACUCUUUGCUCAAAUGCCGUUCCUUACCUUCGAGUUCACGUCUGAAAUUCGUGGUUUCUAGCAGCAUCAAAACAGAAGGAGAAUAUUGCAGAAAGAGAUUGAGACGCCAGGCCAAUUGUUCGCCGGCUGCGGGUCGGUGAAUUGGAGAAAUCCGAGGGUCGACUGGGAACUGGAACUAGCUCUGGUGAAGUGGGUUCUAAUUGGACUUGGCCCCCAUGGAAGAAGCUUCCUGAAAGAUAAGAGACUCAUUGGCACAACCUCUCAGGCCUUUGUUAUUUGCAACGUGGAUAAGGUAAUUCCUUUCAUUUCUGUUGGGAAUUUCUUCGAACAGUUUGUUGUCUUUAGACGCUGUUGGACAAUUGGCUUGCGAAAAGUUUCUCUUUCCUCGAUUGUUUAUAUUCCAACUGGUAUAACUUUCACCUGUCUAUGUUGUUUGCAUCAUUGAUUAGAUGUGUUCAUCCAAGUCCAGUGACUUAGCCAUGGCUUUCAGGAGCAGCUCGUUCAUCUCUGCCAACUUUGCUGUGCAUUCAUGUAAGAUUCCCCUGCAUUUUUAACAUAAUUAAGUCUUUAUCCUACAAUAUGGGGUUGACGACAUGAAUUCUAUCUAACCAAUCAUUUCUAUCUAUGACCAUUCAUUCCCCUACAAUGUUCAUUGGAACAAAUUACCCUAGGUGCAGUUUUUGCCGAUUUGUGUUUCCUCGUCAUCUUCUUCUUAGGCAGACUAAGUGACAACUAAUCAAAGAUGGGUAUUUGUUGGACACAUCAAAUGGCAUAUUAGAUUUUAGAGAUUUAUUAUGCUUAAUCAAACAAUGUGAUAAUUCUAACUGACCUAAAGUUUUCUGGCCACAAUCUGAGCUUUCUUUGCUCUUCUGGGCUUACAACUAAAUACAACCGGUCUGUCCAAUCGAGAGUUUGAUGAUCAGAAAGAACUGAAUUAUUGCCAUAUCCUUCCAUAUCAUCUACUUUCUGGAGUACUUUUGUUUCUCUUCAAGUGGAAAUGCAAAGAACUUUUUGGCAACUUCCCUCAGUUCAUCCAAGAAUUCAUCUUUCAAUCCAUGAUUUUCUGCCUGAAAUGAAUCCCGAAACCAACUGAUUAGCAGGCACAAGAUCAUAAUUGAUAUUCCAUCUCCGAUUUCUUUCCUUGAGUUCAUUUUCUUAAUUGCUCUACAGUCAAAUUGGCCCUAAUGAACUUGGUGCUGUGGUGCUGUGUUCCAUCAUCUACUGAAGAAGAAACAACCAAGUGUUCAUGGAAGUUGAAUAGAAGCAUGUUAGAUAAUCAAUUCUAAUACCAUUUUUUUUGUAUCACUGUGAUAUUGACUUGUUAGUGUCCAUUUUACCACUUGGAUCGAGAUAAAAGAAGCAUAGAAUUUGACAAAUUGACAACAUUAAUAGGCGAAACAGAAACAAAAUUCAUUAUAAAAGAGAUAAAAUACAAUUUCACUCAACUCCUAAAACACAAUCUCCCUAAGAGAUUCUUCACUCUAAUUAAUGUCCCCUUGCAAUCUGAUAAUCAGUCAGCUGUAUUCACAGAGAAUAAGAUAGGUUAGAAGCUUCCGAUUGAGUAUACAAGUGUAUAUCUAUCUAUCAUACUUUGGGAUUAAGUGAACUGAAUUUGAAUUCAAGGCAGUCGACUCUGUAGAUUCAAAAAAUGGGUUCUGUUGAUGAAUCUGACC